AUGGAUACCAAAUCAACAGAUUUCACAUUACAAGACCUUGCCAAUUCAGUUAAAUAUAUGAGUGAAAAAUUCGAUGACUUCAAUGGUACUGUAAACAAAUUACUUGACGAAAUGAAAGAAAUACGUAAAGAGAACACACAACUUUAUGAGAACAAUAAGAGGCUUUCUCAAGAUAUAGAGAAUCUCAAAUAUCGUUUGGAUAGCAUUGAACAAAAUACUCUUGAUUCAACAAUAGAAAUAAUUGGUAUACCUAAGGUAAUCAACGAGAAAUGUACAGAUACAGUGAUAAAGCUUGCGGCAGUAUUAAACACAGUCAUAACCGUAGUGGAAGCUUAUCGCGUUCCUAUUACGGUAAAUGGUGAACAUAAAAUUAUAGCUCGUCUUACAAAGCCGGGUAUGAAAAAUGCCAUAAUCGCUAACUGUAAACAAAAUAAAACACUAAAUCUAUCCAACAUUAAUCCCGAGUGGUCUAAUGAUAAGCGCCUAUAUAUAAAUCAACAUCUCACUAAACACAAAAGACAACUUCACGGUAAAGCCAGAGCCACAGCAAAAGAAAAAGGUUACAAAUACGUAUGGAUCAACCAGGACGCAGAGAUCUUAAUCAGAAAAGACGAAAAGGCAAAGGUACGAAAAAUCUUUUCUGAACAAGAUCUUCUCCUACUUUAA